CAUGUUUAAUCUGCAAGGAUCUGGACCUAGGGCUUAAAGCUCUGUGUAAUGAUGGCUCAGGCCUAGUCCUGUCCAGAAGACUGAUGCCUGAUGGCCUUGACUCAUCCAUGUGGACAGGGUGUUGAGGCUUCCUUGGAUUGACAAACUUCAAAAGCUAGGGCCCAUCCUGCAUGCUAUAACUGCAGGCCUUAGCUUAAGUGUGGGCUUACCAUUUAGGAUUUUUGACAAUGGUUGAGGAUCAGCGAACAUUUGGAUAUACUCCUGGUGAGAAUGCUGAAGAAGUUCUUCCAACGAAACUCCUCAGACUCAAAGUCGUUGCAGGCCAUCACCUUGCCAAAAAGGAUAUCUUUGGAGCAAGUGAUCCCUAUGUGCGGAUUGAUCUCAUGAAUGCAGAGAAUGAUAGCACUGUCGAUUCUGUGUCAACAAAGACAAAGCGACGAACCCUGAACCCCAAGUGGGAUGAGGAGUUCAUCUUUCGAGUGUCACCAACAGAGCAUAAGUUGGUGCUCCAAGUGUUUGAUGAGAACCGCUUGACUCGAGAUGAUUUUCUUGGUAUGAUUGACUUGCCUCUGGUCAACAUCCCAAAGGAGCGAGAGGGACGGACCAUUCCUCAUAAGUAUUAUCUCCUCCGACCACGCAGUGCUAGAUCAAAGGUAAAGGGCCACCUUCAGGUAUACCAUGGAUAUCUUCCAAGCACCACUGAAGAAAGAGAGGAAAAUCGUGUUGAUACUGCUGCUGAGCCUGGUUGGGAAAUGGUUGAUUCCCCCGAAGGAAGCUCUGAAUCCCAGGGUCAAGUGGAAAUCCCUGCAGAGCCUAGUGAAGUCCCAAGUGUGUCCAUAUCUCAGCCACCUCUCCCUAGCGGCUGGGAAGAAAGGCAGGAUGCUAAUGGUCGAACAUAUUAUGUGAAUCAUGUGGCACGUACAACACAGUGGGAGAGGCCCUCUGAGGGGAGUGGAGGUGAUGAACUGGGGGAGCUGCCAUCUGGCUGGAGUCGUCAGCUUGCUCCCAAUGGAAGGACAUUCUUCAUUGAUCAUAACAAAAAGAAGACAACCUGGGUUGAUCCACGAACUGGUCGAGCAUCCCCACUCCCCAAUCAGGCCAAUGUCCCACAAAAGAGAUCCUUGGAAGACAGUCUGGGUCCACUGCCUGAGGGCUGGGAGGAACGUGUUCACAGUGAUGGUCGCAUCUUCUUCAUUGAUCAUAAUUAUCAUUUGGGCAAACAGUCUCAUGCAUCUUCAGAGGAGAUUCUUAAUCUUUGGAAACAAGGAAAAAACCAGACAGGAGGAAAGAGGAAAAAAGAGGACCAGUCAUCCAAGCCUCCGGAAGGAUGCAAGAAGUUUCAGAUUCGGAUGGGAAAUAAUGGUUCAUUGAAUCACAAUCUCCUAUCUUCAAAUCCCAUGACAAGUGUACUCAUCAUUCUCACCACUUGGGAGAAUGACCACUACAAGUAUACUCAUCAUACCCAGUUAACAGUGUGGGAAGUGUGGUUUGAGCUUCUCACAUGUCGAAAGGCUGAAGACACAUUUGGCAAAACAUCAGGAGAAGCCAGUGAGGAGAGAAACUUUGUAUGUAACCUGUGUGAGAAGAGGUUCAAGACCAAGGGCCACCGUGACAUUCAUAUAAGAGGAUUUCAUGGAAAAGGAGAUUUGCCUCACCAGUGUGAAGUGUGUGGAAAAUGCUUCCUCUGGAAGGGGAAAUUGGAACGACACAAGAUAGUCCACAUGGAGUCCUUUGGCCAUCAAUGCUCCAAAUGUCCAAAAAAAUUCAGAACUGAGGAAGCUCUUCAUCAGCAUUCUAAGGAACAUGAGGUGAAGAAGCCAUAUGGAUGUUCCAAGUGCAGCAUGACAUUCUCAACUAAGAAGAAGCAACGAGUGCAUGAGAAUAGACACUCCACCAUGUUCCAAUGUGGAGAGUGUCUCUUAUUUUGGAGUCAGGAAGCUCAGCUUAGUAAACAUGAACAGAAACAUGCCCAGCAACGCAAGAAAGGAAUUUCUUUUAAGUGUACUGUUUGUGGGAAGUUACUAACUGCAAGAGAGAGUCUUAUCUCGCACAUGAAAACUCAGCAUAACAAGGAGACUCCUCCAGAUGUCAGAGGGAAGGCAAAGGAAGAGGAAAGCUUCAGUGGAUGUGGAGGCACUGAAGAUGCUGGGUCAUCUGAUGUGGGGACAAACAGCAAGGCCCCCUGUCCCAAUCGAAUUAUGGAAGGAGGACGAUCUAAGGACCUCUUUCUGCAGCUUCUACAAGAGGUUGAACUAUACAAGGUCCAGCAGUCAUCUCUGAAAGAGAGGCUGUCUGGUGUCAUCCAGGAGAAUGAGAAAUUAGCAAGGGAGCUGAAGCAACAUUUGGAACAGGAAGUGUCUUCCAUCCAGCAGACUUCCAUCAGUGAUUACGAUCAUAUAUCUCAGUUGGAGGAGCGGAUUCACAUCUUAGAACAGGAACGAGACAGGGCCCUGGAGCUGUGGGAGAUAGCACUUGGGCAUAUCCAACAGCUUGAUUCUCAUUUAGAGACCCUUGCUGAAUCCUCAAAGGAUGAAGUGCUUGAUCAUCACAUCAAGGAGAUUGAGAAAGAGUAUGCAUCUGCAAUAAAAGGAUUGAAGAAGGAGCAAGUAACAAUCAAGGCUGUGUUUGCAGAGAAGACAGAAGCUUUAGAGAAAUAUGUGGUUACUAUCAAUGACCUAGAGACAAAAAUAAGGCAUCUGAAGGAUACUAUUGUGGAGAAAGACCAGGCUCUCCUUGACUGGAUACAGAAAGAGAAUGAUUUACAGGUGGGACUCCAGGAAAGAAGUCAAGAAGCUGCCAAGCUGAAGGUGCAAUUGAUUGACUUUGAAAGUGCAGUUGAAUCUCUGAAAAACGAGAAUGCCCAGCUCCGAGCAACUAUUGCCAUGUAUGAGUCUAGGAUGAAAGAACACAAUGAGAGAGAAGCAGAAGCAAGUGAAUGUGUGAAGCAGAGUGUGGAGACAGCAGAGAAAGCCCUCUUUGAAAAAGAUUGUGCAGUUGCAAGGGAGAAAGAAGCUCUAAAGGAGGUGAGUAGACUGGAGCAAGCAUUACGAGAAGUGAUCGACGAGGCUGGUGAUCAGGCUUGGAAGCAUGUUGAUGUCAUCAAGGCCAAGUAUAACAAAAAUUUGGCUCAACUUGGCAAGGACCUUAAGCAAUUGAAAAUGGAAAAAGCUGAUAGUGAGGCUCAAUUUGAGAGAGUCAAUCGAGAGAAAAAAAGUAUAGAAGAGGAACUGACCCGAGUGUCUCGCUUUGCCAAAGAUACAGAAGAAUCAGCCCUGCAACAGCUUCAAGCAGUCCAGCAACAGCUGAAUGAAGUUGAAAGGAGGUACCGUGAAUUGGAGCUUGAGAAGGAGGAGGAGAAUCAGCGAAUGAAGAGAUGGGAAAGAGAGAAAGAUGGGGAUUUGGAAAGAGCUCAGCUGAAGAUCUGUGCCCUAGAGGAGAGAAUUCGAGGAGUGGAAACAGAUUGGGAAGCAGGGAAUUCAGAGAAACUUAAACUUGUUGAUCAAGUGGCCACUCUUCAGGAUAGAAUCAGAGAUGGGGACAAGAGGUUGAAGGAAACGGAGCGGAAACUUUUCAUGCAAGCAAGACUAAAAGAGGAAGAAUGGAGGAACAAGGUGAAUCACCUGGAUGGUCGUCUCAUGGGCCUGGAAAAGAUUCAUCAUGAGUGCACAUCUGAACUGAGGGAUCUUCUCGAGGAGCAACAGAGAAUCACCAUCAGGUGGAAGGAUGAGGCUGAGAGCAUGAGGCAGAGGUAUGAAGAAAAGCUGAAGGAAAGUAAGGAGGAAGUGAAAGCCCUGAGAAAUAAAAAUUCUUCCUUGCUAGCAGAGUACAAGGCUUUACAGAUCCAGUGUCAAGAACUCAAAAAGGAACUUGAGCUUAACCUUCUCCGGCUGUUGUUGGGAGAAUCAUGUCUUGAAUACAAGAGCACACAACCUGGUCAGCGACAGGUAUCUGGAGUGAGUUCUUGGCUUCUCAACAUGGGCGUUGUUCAUGCAAAGGAACUGAUUAUGGAUGACAUGAAAGAGAAAACAGUGGUGUCAAUAGAAGGCAUCAAGGCAAGAGUUGACAAGAUUCAUGUGAAUGGGCUGCAGAGGACCAAAGAUGACAUUGUCCUGGAAAGUGUUGACCCAUUGUUCAAGGCUUGCAGCUUCAAAGAGGUGCUGAUUGAAGCAUUGGAGGUUCGAUCUAGGCUUCUUGAACUUGGAUGUUUUCGAGAUGUCUCCAUAUUCAUUGACACUUCCUCUGGACAGUAUUCAACUCCUGAUGGCCUUGAGGUUGUGACAUUCCAUGUACUCGAGUUGUCACGCUUGACUGGAGGUGUCAAUACCAUGGUUGGGAACAAUGAAGGAUCUGUGGGAAUUGGGUGCAGAAUGCCUAAUGUUCUUGGGCGUGGAGAACGGGUCUCAUUUGACUACAAUUAUGGAACAAAGAAAAGUUCCCACUAUGCUGGUACUCUUUCUCGUCCUCUUCACCGAUGGAGAGGAGCAGGGUAUACAUACACUUUCCUCUUCUUUCUAAGGGAAGGAAAUGGAAUGCAUAACCAUUUUGUGUGCACUUUUCGUAGGGUACAGAGUGGCCUGUAUUCUCACCUGGUUGAUCAGCCAUGGUCAAGCUAUAAAAUUCAUUCUCUGGGAACUUAUGCCCAAGUCUCCCUUGAGACUAAGCAGGUGAUGCAUCAAAUGAAGUGGGAAGGGGUUUGGAGAGAACUGAGUAGCCUGAGUCAAAAAACAAGUCUUCCUGUCAGAGAACAAAGUGGUCAUAGCCUGAAAAGUAGUCUGAUAUUGAGUCACUCAUUUGACACCAGGGAUUCUCGAAUUCUUCCAUCCACUGGCUCUCUAUUUUCCUUGUCCAAUGAAUUUGCUGGACUGGGAGGAGAUGUGAGCUUUUUCAAGCAAGAAGCCGAGCUCCAGCUGAACACUCCUCUCCCCUUCAAUUGUAUCUUACAAGGGUGCUUCAAUGUUGGAGGGAUGAAGAGGAUAGGGAAAAAGCGCAUUGCCAUCUGUGAUCGAUUUUACCUUGGAGGCCCUCUUAACCUCAGGGGUUUUCAGAUGAAUGGAGUUGGGCCUCAUUCUGGUGAGAGUGCUCUUGGAGCUGAGGGCUUCUGGGCUCUUGGCAUUCACCUGUAUUCCCCCUUGCCUGGCUUGGGAAACCGGGGAAUCUCUCGGGUUCUCAACACUCACUGCUUUGUCAAUGCUGCUCAAGCAUUAUGGGAGGGAUUGAAGUUGAAUGAGGUCAUGAGGAAGCGAGGCCGAGCAUCCUUGGGUGUGGGACUUGUUCUUCGAAUGGGUGAAGUAGCAAGGCUUGAGCUCAACUAUUGUGUUCCCUUAGCCUGGCAAAAAGAUGAUCGUUUAGACCAUGGGUUUCAGUUUGGCAUUGGUCUGCUGUUCUUUGAAUUGGGCUGCAUCAAGGGAAGCUUGGAGUUGCUGAAUCUGAAGGAGAUUCUGUUGUCUCUCAGCCUCAAGCUUCUUGUUGUUGUUGCUGCUGUCUUUGUUGCACCAUGGUGUACUGAUUUUGCUGAGGGAAAACAGGGCCUUGUUGCUGCAUCACUCCUUGUGGGUUCAUUGUCAUUCGAACUGUUCCUUGCCACUGUUGUGUCUGCUGCUGUUGUGGAGGCUGUAGUUGUGACUGUGGUUGAGUUGGUUAAAAGUGAAUGCAUUGAUUUCUCAAACCAGAAAUACCUCAAUGUCAUUAUCAAACAGGGACAAGAAGUACUGCACAGUACUGUCACAUAUGUUAAGAAGCUGGAUUCAUCCAUAGAGCAGGCUCACUCUGCAUUCAAGGCAGCUGUCAGGGAUGAUCUGCCCUUUCUGAACCUAAGAUGGAAUUUGGAAGACAACCAGGAAAAAGCUUGCAGCGAAUUGGACAGAGAAGCUGCUCAAGAUAGGAGAGGCCCCGAAGUUCCCUGUUGCCUCCACGAGGAAGAUGACAUCGGCCACUUCCGGGACACUGCUUAUGACCAUUAUCACAUCAAGAUAAUAAAAUCAAGUCCAAUAUCACAGGUAUUGGCUACAAGUCGUAGCGAAGCUUACGGUAUCAUUGGCUCGAUGAAUAUUCUCAAUGAGUACUAA